UGAUUCUCUCCCUAAAAACCUAAAAACCCUUAAUCCUAAUUCUCUGAUACUCAGCAGCGCCGUCCCCUAACCCCUUCCCUUUUUUUCAUUCUCUCUCUAAAUCCCGCGCCUAAUCCCUGCCGCUCCUCUCCAGCCAGUUCGCCACCGGCCCACCGCCACUCCUCUCCAGCCGGUCCAACCGUCCAAAUUUUGUUGUUAGGGUUUUGUUUCUUCGGACGGAGCUGCAGUUUUCCACUCAUUUCACUGUUUGCUACUUGCUCCCAUCGCCAUCAAAGUAAAAGCAGGAGAGGAAAAGUCGGGUAUCAAAUGGGAGUUUUAUCCAACAAGAUUUCAAGGGAUGCCCUCAAACCCGGAGAUCACAUCUAUUCUUGGAGGAAUGCAUAUCUUUACUCCCAUCAUGGCAUAUAUGCAGGUGACGGAAAAGUCAUUCACUUUACAAGAGGACCAGGCCAGGAAAUAGGCACAGGAACUUUUCUAGACAAUGUUAUCUUCAGUUCAUCAAUUUCCCCGGAUCGCUCACAAUGCCCGUGUCCUGUAUGUGGUGACCAAUCAAACCUCAGUGGUGUCAUCUCAUCCUGCCUAGACUGUUUCCUCUGGGACGGUGACCUUUAUCUCUUUGAAUAUGGGGUCUCUCCUGCUUUCUUCCUCGCAAAGGCACGUGGUGGGACCUGCACACUUGCUCGCUCAGACUCUCUAGAAGACGUUCUUUCCCGUGCUUCUUUUCUCCUUGAAAAAGGGUUUGGUGGUUACAACAUUUUCAAGAACAACUGUGAAGACUUUGCCAUUUAUUGCAAGACGGGUCUACUCGUGGUUACAGACAUCAGCGUCGGGCGAAGUGGACAAGCUACAUCUUUUGUUGCUGCUGUGAGCGCAGUCGUCUCAUCCCCGCUUAGAUUCUUGACCACUAGCUUCAGUGGGUUGGCAGCAGUGGGAUGCAGCAUGUACUGUGUUAGCAGGUAUGUGUCCGAUAUUGGAGUGAGGCGUGAUGUGAUGAAGGUACCUGUCGAGAGGCUUUUAUGUCGCCCUGAUUUUGGCCAGCCAAAACCAGAUGUGACUGCAACUACCAAACAAGACUAGCAUUUGAUCCGUCUUGCUUAGAACAUCUUGUUGAUGCACUUCUCAUCGUCUUUGUUUAUCUCUAAUUCCUUAUGUUUUUCUUUUCGCGUGGAAUUAUCUGUUUUUAUCAGCUCUAUUUAAUCCGCACAUUGAUUAACUGGAAAUGUGUUAUUCUGCUUGAUUGAAAUUCUGGGGGAGCCAAAUUGGUGAAAA